AUGAGCGUGUCUGAUCUCAUCGAGAAGCUCGCCUCGACCCAAGCGGCACUGAUCAAGGCGCUCCAGGAGGAGUACUUUUGCGAUGACGUGGUGCCGCCGCAGUCCGCUUUUGGCUGGGACGCGGAGGCGCUGCGCGCCUACUUCGAGUCUGGCGGCGAGACGUUGCCUGCGAACGGCAGCGGUGGCAACGGAGCCGCGGCGAAACCGGCGGCGGCGGCGGCUCCUCCGCCGCCGCGCGAGCUCGGCCCGCCCGACACCGUCGCCUCCGGCCGGCCCAUCUUCCUGGCGCUGGGCGACUCUCUGACUGAGUUCGGGCAGCACGUGUGCGACCCGACCUGGGACAAGAAGGCGCCCUUUGCCAAAAGCGAGCUGCAGCGGCGGCUGGACCCCGAAAAUGAUACACACUUUCUCCUGUGUAGGCCUCGUGCGACGUGCUGCAGCGGCAGGGCGCCGUUCGCGACGGACGUGCUGCAGCGGCAGGGGAUGGACAUCGCGAUCCCGGAGCACGGCCCCGGCUGGCUGACGCUGCUGCAGCGCGACUACUCGUGGCGCACCUCCGCCGAUGUGCUCAACCGCGGCUACUCCGGCUGCAACUCGCGGCUGCUGCGCGCGUCACUCAGCGAGAUCCUCGGCUCAAUCAACCGGCAGGACGUCUUUGCCAUCACGCUGAGCCUCGGCUCGAACGACCACGUCUCCGCCUCCCCGGGCGGCGUGCCGAAGGAGGAGUUCAAGGAGAACAUGGCCGCCGUCCUCAGCUCGCUGCAGGAGGCGAUGCCGAGCGCAAAGAUCAUCUUGAUCACGCCCGGCCGGAUCAACAAGGAGCUGCGAGGCGCGUCCCUCGACCCCGCGCUCAAGCAGUACGUCGCGCUCGCGUGCGAGGCGCGAGGCAGCCGGGGCGGGGCGGGCGAGGCGGCGGGCCUCGGCACAGCGGGCGUCAACCCCGUCAAGGGCCCUCGUGGCGCGGUGCUCAACCUCAACUACAUGAUGCAGUACCAGCUGGCAAACUACCACGAGGCGGAGCACCCCGACGGGUACCACUUCUCCGCCAAGCUCAACCGCUUCGUCUACAAGUCCGUGCGCGACACGCUCGAGGGGAUGAAGCUGUCGCCCGUCCAGAUGCCGAUGCACCGCCCCGCGCCGAUCGCCGAGUUCCAGUCCACCGCCUCAAAGUACGGGCCGAGCGACGACGACGGCCGGCUCCGGAGGCGCGUCUGAGCACUCAAGCUGGAAGCCGCUCGAGGGUGCGUUGCCACGCGGACGAGCAGUGCUGUGUGCUAUUGCGAGACGAGAGCUGCGCUGGGCGACAGAACGGCUGGGCGCGGGCGUCUUGAGCGGCCAUCAGUCUUUUCAUGUUUUAGCAUGGUAGGGCCACAUUCAAUCUGCUGCAUACACAUCGAGAUCUCUGCGGGACACCAGUAGAUUUGUUGAGUGGCGAGAUCGUAGAUGCCGAUC